AACGUUUAUUUCGCCAUAGGAGAACAUCACGCGAUGAAAGACGAUUUGAAGUAUCUGACCGGGUUCGACUGUGAGUUUUCGAGCGAGGACGAACGAUGUCCUGGCGCUCUCCCCGUUGGUCAGAACAGUCCUCAAAACUGUCCUUACGGAUUGUACGCCGAGCAGCUGUCCGGCACGGCGUUUACCGCUCCGCGUUCUCAGAACAAACGCUCGUGGCUCUAUCGAAUUCGACCGUCGGUCGUCCACAAGUCCUUCGUACCGGUCGUCGACGCCGCCUCGCGAUUGAUCUACGAAUGGGACCAAACCACACCCAAUCAGUUAAGAUGGAAACCGUUCGACGUUCCGAGCAGACAGGCUGCAGAAGUGGAUUUCGUCGACGGUUUGCACACGAUUUGUGGCGCAGGCGACUGCCGUACGCGGCAAGGCAUAGCCAUUCAUACUUAUCUUUGCAACGCUUCCAUGAGGGACAAGGCCUUUUACAACGCUGACGGAGAUUUCCUCGUUGUGCCUCAGCUAGGCCCUUUGAUGAUAACCACGGAAUUUGGCAAGAUUCGUUGCGAACCGAACGAAAUAUGCGUGGUCCAGCAAGGUAUGCGAUUCAACGUGACGGUUUUUGGACCGUCCCGUGGGUACAUUCUAGAGGUAUUCGACGAUCAUUUUCGCCUACCCGACUUAGGACCCAUAGGAGCAAACGGUUUGGCGAACCCGCGGGACUUUCAAACACCUGUCGCGCACUACGAGGACCGCGAUACCGAUUAUAAAAUUGUGUGCAAGUAUCACGGCAAGCUUUUCGUCGCCGAGCAAGAUCACAACCCGUUCGACGUGGUGGCUUGGCAUGGAAAUUACGUCCCUUAUAAAUACGAUCUCGCCAGAUUUAUGACUAUAAAUUCGGUUUCCUUCGAUCACUGCGAUCCAUCAAUUUUUACGGUUCUGACCUGCCCCUCGAGGAAGCCUGGGACCGCGGCGGCCGAUUUCGUGAUAUUCCCACCCCGCUGGUCCGUGCAGGAACACACUUUCCGGCCUCCUUAUUAUCACAGAAAUUGUAUGAGCGAGUUCAUGGGUCUUAUAAAGGGACGGUACGAAGCUAAAGAGGAAAGUUUCCAUCCAGGCGGAGCGUCGUUGCAUUCUAUUAUGACGCCUCAUGGACCGGAUGCGCGUUGUUUCGAAGCUGCUUCUAAUAGCGAGCUUAAACCGGAACGCGUCGCUGAUGGAACUCAGGCUUUCAUGUUUGAGACUUCUUACAGCAUGGCGGUCACCGAGUGGGCCAUGAAGCUCUCCAAUAAACUCGACAACGAUUAUAACAAAUGCUGGGAAGGAUUGAAAAAACAUUUCAAUCCAAACGCUAAACCUGAAACGUCCCUUAUAUAAUUUCCUGCUGUAUCGUACUUAAGAUAUCUUGUUUCUUUUUAUAUGUUUUAAUAAAGACAAAUUU